AUGGCAGAGGGACAGCGAGACGUUUAUCUUUACCGCCGACCCAUCACCAGCCUUGCCAAAGUCCCCUUUGUGAAUAAGUCGACCCAUGCCUCCAUCAGCCAUUGGGCAGUCUGCGUAGGCGAAACAUGUUACGAGGUCACCCAUACCCUUAACCAUCCGACGGGGAAACCCCGUGACAUACGAACCAUUACCAAGUCAGAAUGGAUUCAGCACGCGCAAGAAAAGAGGCUUGUCUACCAGUAUACACAUUAUGGGAAAUGCAAUGCAGAAUGGACGGAUGACGACAUCAAGAAAUGCGCGGACGACAUAUGGAAGAGAGUCUUCGACGGAACCUACGAGAACUUCGAAUCGAACUGCCAAGAAUUCGCCCAUUUGCUUAUGCGGUGCAUCGUAAACGAUUUGCGUCAAGACACGGUCCCAAAUCGGUGGGAAAGCUACAAUCCUGACGCUCUCGUACCGGCAGCAAUGAUCACAGGAGGACCUGGUUUCACAGCAGGGGUAGUCAAAAUGACCACAGCGACAGCGGCAACGGGUGCGGUGGGGGGCGUAACAAUUCUCGAUGUCGCCACCACGGGAGGCAUUCUGACGGGAAUUUUUGGGAUGAUUGCCUUUGCAUCACAUAAAUACAACAAAUACAGACGAUACAAGAAGAGCAAGGCACUGGUAGCGGAGUGGCAUUCGAUAAGGAAUACCACCACCAAGAAAGGAUGGCGCCGAGUCUUUUCAAGGAGCUCAUGGCGACGCAUGUGGGAUACAAUCUGA